AUGGAGCGUGUGUUCCAUUCGUCCACCAUGACGGCGGUGGCUCCUUCCGUGGCUUCCCACCAUCCAUCGGUGCGCUAUCUUGUGAUACUUCUGGUGCUCGUGUUGGCUGUUCUGAUCGUGGACGAGCUCGCGUUUGUUCCCAAAAUUGGCGAUGCAUUGGUAGCUCUCCAGGAAGCCUCCACCAUUCCAGCCUUACGGGCGUGUCCCAAUCGAACAGCAGUCGCGAUCGUCUUGUUCGGAAUCCCCAAAGAGUUCGCGCACGUAUGGAACGCUUAUGAAACCAACAUAGUUCACCGCAAUCCGCACGUCGAUUUUUCCGUCACGUUACACGUUUUCGACGAUGUCACUGUCCUAACGAAUCCCAAAAAUCACGAAAUCGAUGCAGUGAUUGAAUCCGUGGACAGCCUACAACAAGUACUGAAAGCUUACCAUCCACACAUUGUUACGUCGAAACAAGAUGAGUUUGACCAGACGCUUUCCUGGUUGACCGACGACCACGUUGAAGGGCGUUUCGAUCAGCCGCCGUGGAAUGUAGAUACCUUGAAAAACAUGUUUCGUCAGGGUCACUCGAUCGAAGCUGCCUUUCGCGCGUCCAUGCAACGUUAUCGACAGACACAGACCGUGAUUUUCGUGAGAUCCGAUACAUUGCUUCUACGUCCUAUUGAUGUCCCGUGCAUGGGUCUGCCUCGCAACAAAAUUCAGCUCCCGUCGUGGCAAGUUCACAACCGAGACGAACACGUUGAUCGCUUGGCCAUUGCCGGAAUCGACGCGGCCACCAUUUACUCCCGAGCCAAAACUGACGCCUUUACCAAAUACGUGCAAAGGGGCGACGUGCGUGCCGUAUUGCGGAAUUCCGAGCACAUGCUCAAAAUGUGGUUGGAUGAACAAAUUGGUUUGGACGUUGCGGUCAUGCCCAAGGCCUGGGCGCCACUGUUGCGGGUACGGGCUGGUGCCAAACUCAGUACACGAGACUACAAAACGCACCUUAAUCCACUCUGGUUGACUCGCAUACUACUUCUGCUGCUGGUUGGUGGUACCUGGCUUAUCUUAUGGCCUUUUUGGUCCGGGCGAAUACAGUUCUCGACUCCUCGAUGGUGGACAAGGCUACGGAACGGCAAUGGUAGUGCCAAGCCUCACGUCGAACAGGAUGACAUACAUCGUGAAACAAGACAAUUACUGGAUACAUCGGCUUUCACGAACGAUUUGCCGCAGGCGCCGGAGGUGGCGUCCGUUUCACCCAGCUCGUCCUUGGUAGGCAAUGGCAGGAGGCGCCAUGGGCCUUAGCGCGAAUUAAUUGAUUCUCCAAAAUGCCCAUCGCUCGCGUGCUAUCUUUCGCUCGGGCAAAGGAUAUCCAAGGGGGGCACUUCUUUGCAUUGGUGCGAUACGCAGAAACGCCAAUAGUUCCCACAUUCUCCUAGCGCAAGUACGUUUUUUCUUGCUGGCUACUGCAACUUUUCGUGUUCAGUCGUAGAAUGUCACUCAAUGCCCGAGAACGCACGAACGUACGGUACAAUGAAAGAUGUAAAGUAAAACAUUUUGUGUUGU